AUGCAUUCGAAGAAAAGGCCACACAAUAUCGUCAUUGGCAGGCUCCACGACCACGAAAUGCUCGACAUGAUCGAACUUGGCAUUGAACGCUAUGCAUCCAUACGUUCAACCGAUACUAAGUUAUCACUUGGUGCCAAGCCCCUCUUAAUAUUUUCUGGCGAGGCUUUUGAAGAGAGCGAGGAGUCCCGGCACUUGAAGUCACUUUUAAUAGAUCUUUUUAGAGGACCCAAAGUUACGAAGGUUAAUUCCGCCGGAGUAGAACAUGUCAUACACUUUAUAAUGCCGUCCGAAGGCAGGCUUAUUAUGCGUGUGCACGCCGUUGAACUGCGCCCGUUCCAGUCAGGCCCAGAACAAGAAAAGGCGUCUGUAGACGGGGAAAAUGCCCAGAUUUCGGAGCCACUCAAGACUCCCUGGGGGCCCUACGUUCAGCUGGAACUUCGCAACGCAGCUCCAGAAGCUGAUUUUGUCAUUCGGAGAUGUAAACUCCCCUCAGAGGACAAGUGGAAGCGAGCCUGCCGUGUGCCAUCCCAGUUGCGUCCUAAGACUGACAAGUCCUCGAAAAACCGCAGUUUGGACGUCUUCGGCAGCAAGGUCGCCCAAGUUCAUGUUCAACGAGAGCAUGCCCUUGACGAACUUCGUCCAGCUGCUUCCAUGCGCACCGCCCUCACUGGCAAUGUCAAACGCGGCUUCGAGCGUCAGCAGCAGCCUACUAAGAAGCGGAAGUUGGCUGACGGUGCGCCGAAGGCAAAACGCCAGCGCCUCGAUAAAGACAAUGAAUAG